ACGGCGAGCAGCAGGAGAAAAGAUUGAAGCCUUCGCGUAUUGAUAACUGCUGUGGCGUCAGUGAAGGAAAUCAAAAGAAGUUGACCAAAAAAAGUUUAGUCAAAAAUGUAAAAUGCGGUUCCGUGUUUGAACGUCGUGAACUUCAGUGAAAGUAAUUUAAUUACUGUCUCCAACCGCCAUUUAAAAAAAAAAGCUGCGCUGAAACCAACUGUAGCUUGCGGCUCCUUGUAAAGCUAGCUAACUUCCGCCCGCACUUCCGCCUACUUCUUCUUCUUCUUCUCCUUCUUUAAUGCGCACAGACUUAAAACAUGCAACAGCAUGGUCGUCUUAAGAGAAGGAAUGUGUCCGGGACUGGAUGAGGAUUUAGUUCGUGACCUGCGGGCUGCUGGCAUUAAAACAGUGGAGGACGUGGUCUCAUCUGACAUCGAGGAACUAGCUCAGAGAUGCGCGGUGUCAUAUAAGGCUCUGUUCGCCAUCCGCCGCGUGCUGCUGGCCCAACACGCCGCGUUCCCCGUGUCGGGCGCCGAUCUGUACGAAGAGCUGUUGAGCUCGACGGCCAUCCUCUCCACCGGAAACCCCAGCCUGGACGCUCUGCUGGACUCAGGCUUGUACACCGGAGAGAUAACGGAGCUGUCGGGAGGCCCGGGGAGUGGCAAAUCUCAGGUGUGUUUCGGCGUCUCCGUGCACAUUUCCCACCGACUCAAGCAGAGCGUGAUAUUCAUCGAUACGACCGGAGGGCUCGCCGCCGGCCGCUUGCUUCAGAUGCUGCGAGCGGAGACGAGUAACGCCGAGGAGCAGAUGGAGGCUCUUCAGAGGAUCCACGUCUACCGGGCGUUCGACGUCUUCUCUCUGCUCGACUGUCUGCACGGCCUGCGCGCCGGACGGCUUCGGCAGGCGCUCGGCGGCGGCUCCGUGAAGGCGGUGAUCGUGGACUCGGUGUCGGCUGUUAUCUCUCCUCUCCUGGGAGGCAAACAAAAUGAAGGCAUGUCCUUGAUGAUGCAAGUAGCGGGAGUUCUGAAGACGCUGGCGAAGGACUUCAACGUGGCGUCGCUGGUCACGAACCACGUCACGAGGAGCGGCGGCGGGGAGCUGCAGCCGGGCCUCGGCGCGUCGUGGGCUCCCGUCCCCAGGACCCGGAUCCUGCUGGAGCGAGCGGAGGGCGCCGCGGACGUCGGACACUCCAGCGUCCGCUCUGCGACGCUGAUCAAGUCCUCGAGACGGCCGUGUCUCAUCAAAGAGGAGUUUGACUUGCGCUGGUGGAGUCGCUCCGGAGGAGAAGAAGCUUCCUCCGGAAAGAGGGAACGGGAGGAGACGGAUUCCCCAUGAGAGACGACAAACCUGGCCAAAAGGCGGGUACGAGCCGCCGCUUGCGGAUGCAUUCCCAGAUCCACGCGGGCGAGACUCUCUGGGCCUCGUGGUCGUCCUCGGGCGCCGCCAGCGUGUGCGUGGCGGAGGAGGCGUCGUAGUCCGGGACGACGUCGCCGUCGUACGCCACGAAGUAGCGCCGCAGCUUGUCGACGUCCUGCAGGGAGACGGGCAGGAAGAGCUUCACCCCGCUGAAGAUGUCCAGCAGCGUCUGCGGGAAACACACACACACACACACACACACACACACACACACACACACACACACACACACACACACACACACACACACACACACACACACACACACACACACACACACACACACACACACACACAUUGGAUUACACUAUUAAACUGAUCAGCUUAUUAUUAUUAUUAUAGAACUGAUGAUAAGUCACGUUCUGUGAACAUGAUACUGGUGUCGGGAUUAAAAAAGAGGCGAAUAGCUGUGAAUAUAAAGAGCCAUUAAACCUACAAUCAGAGUUCAUCUUUGUUUACAUUAAACAAACAAACAAAUAAACAUCUGUAAUACA